GACACGGUGACAGGGCCCGUCUCACGCCCGCCACACAACUUGAAAGCCCCGCACUUGUAUCGUUCUCCUUCAGCCAUUCGCAAUUCGCCAUAUUUAGGCACUGAAAAUCGCAUAAAGUAUCUCCUCUGCUUGUGCACGCGCGACAGCCUUUCCACACCUUGAGACGUGGGCGAAGUUACGGUACACCAUGGCUUCGACAUCGAUUUCCGGGCAAAUACACUCCUUGCUCCAGGGACCACGAAGGGAAAAAUCUGAGGCUGACACCCUGGCCUUUCUUGAGGCGCGGUUCCCAAGUCUUGACGAGCUUGGGACCGCUCACGGCCUCCACGCUGCCGUUGAACAGGCUGAACAUCAGGAUGAGGAGCUCACAGAUCGACUCGCGCGCUCUCGAGAAGCUAUUGACGCAUUCAUUGUUCAAACUCGCGCACGCACUCAAGAGUAUUUGCAAACGGCGCAGGACCUUUCGUUGUUACGUCAUUCUCUCUCGGACGAGCUUUCGCACCUCGCGGACCAACUGGAGUCCUCGCUAGGGAGUGCAGACCGCAGACCCACAUUGCUGGAGGACAUAGAGUCCUUUCACCGUAGCCUCAAGGAGUUGGAGAGCGUAAAGGGCUACGUUCAAGUCAUUGAACAUGCCUUGCAACUAAGCGAGCGCGCUGUGAAGCAGGUCGACUCGGCCAUAGUCCUCUCUUCCUUGAGUGAGUAUGAGGCAUUGGAACACUUCGUUAGUUCCAUACGGCAAGCGUGCGCACCUGUGUACGAAGUUGCUGGGCAGCAGCAGCUUCAUAUACUAUCAUUCCUCGAGACUCUCAGAGGUCAGGCUUGGGCAAACAUGAAGCGUGCAUUGUCAAGAAGUUUACUUUCUGCCGCCGAGACAUUGAGCUGGCCACAACCUGUAGACUACGUGAGCGCAGCUCCGGAAGAUAGGAAGCGAUUCGAACUCGCCUUCUCGAACUAUCUAAGGCUGCAGUUGAUGGGGAGGGCAAUACGUCAUCCAGGCACUGAUACAUCCAUUCGCGAGGAUGGUCUGUAUCCGCUGGAGGCAUUAGCUGAACCUGUCGCACUUCGGUUCAAAUAUCACUUCGAAGGAACCAGACAGACGAAUAGACUCGAUAAGCCCGAGUGGUACUUCACACAUGUGCUCAAUAUUUCACAUGAACAUCGACCAUUGAUGGAGAAAAUUGUGCAAACGCUCCUUUCUGCCACCGAUUAUCGGGGGAUAAACGCAUGGCGGGAGUUCACGCUUCUCCUUCUGCCUCUCCUCGAGCGAAAACUACGACGAACUAUACCCUCAUUGCUUGCGCACCCGCCGGUUCUCGCACAUACGAUCUAUGAGGCUCUUGCAUUCGACAGUGCCUUGCGAGAACAGGGGUUUGAGAUUAUUGGAACAACAGCUGCUAAUGCGCAAGCUAGCCCCGGUGCUGAUCAGAGCAAGUGGGUAGGAAUCACUGAGGUUAUCCUUGGCCGAGGGGAGUGGUUCGAAGCAUGGAUGGAAGGCGAGCGACAAUUCGCAACGGAUCAGUAUGUGGACAUCAUCAGCUCCUCGGAUGCGUGGCUUGUCGCCGAUGACAAUCCUGAUGAUGCCAUCGUGGUUGAACUCAACUUGAGACCAACGAACUCUGCCAGGAGAGUCAAGGCAUUGAUUGAACAAAUCACGGACCGUUACUCUCCCCUCCCCAAGUUCCUUCAUCGGACGCAAUUCCUCAUCACUGUGCAGCUACCGAUGCUCGAAGCCUACCAUUCACGCAUUUCUUCAUCACUAGACGCAUUCGAAACCUUGUCAUCUUCGUUGAUGCGCGCCGUGCCCGGCGCCCUUGGGAGCGUCGGCGUCAGCUCUGAAAGCAUGGGGCGGGCGGCUGAUCCUCAACGGCUCACAAGCGGUGUGGAAGGCGUGCAGCGUCUCUGCAAGGCGCUCAUCAGCGCGCGGUAUAUCAGUGCAGCAUGUGAUGCUUGGGGAGAGGAGCUGUUCUUCCUCGAACUGUGGGCAGAAAUCAAUCGCGAAGCACCGCUACGUUCGCGUGUCGCGGGCGUGGCUACGCUACCGAGUCCACGUGGGGGCGAGAAUGAUGAACCCGAGGGCACAAUUUUCGACGCACUCGUCAGUCAAUAUGGAAAACUGGGUGAGCGGGCUGAAGACAUGAUUGUUCAUACUGUUUGUGGUGAAGUGGAAGCCGGAUUGAAGGCACAUUUUAUGGGAAGCUCCUCCACCCAAGUUACUCCGGACGUGAGCCACGAGAAACAGGAUGACAUUGCCUUGGCGUCCACCCUAUUGGGCCCCCUUGCUGUGCUGUCGUCCGAAGUGUCAUUCCUACACUCAAUACUCUCGGCGAGGACCGCGGCUACCUUGUAUCGUCGCAUUGCAUCACGUCUAGCCUCGCAUAUUCUCCAGCGCCAGAUAUUCUACCGCGGUCGGGGUCGUAUUGGACUACAAGAGGGCAAGGCUAUCCUAGCGGAGAGCGAGUUGUUCGUGGAGACGUGUCAGAUCGCCCUCGCACGCAGCGACAGGAAUCGAGCAGAGGCACCCUGGAGGCAGCUACUGCAAGCUAGUCGCCUCAUAGCGCUAGAAGGCAUUCGACGGCAGAAGGUACUGGACUCGACUUUCGGGGUCACUGAUGAUCAGGAGUGGGAAGAGGUGAUGCUAGAGGCUGUUGGUGCUACGGAGUUGAACAGAGAGGAGGUCGGGCAAGUGCUGCGAACUCGGGAAGAUUGUGACAGGUGAUGUCAUCACACAGUGCGGACUGCUUCUAUACAUAUUCGACUAGCGCGUCCACUAUGCUUGUCUUCAUGUUAUUAUCGCUCGGCUUCCAAUGGGGCUUUAUCUGCAGGAGAGUUCGCGUUUCGAAGGUGGUUGUUCUCUGCGUGCACCAAGAUCUAGCCUAGUCAGCACCAUAGUAUGGUCAAUGACGCUUUGAAUUAGACUGGCAUCAUGGCCGAUCACUUCACUUAUGUUCGUCCCUAAUCGACGUCUGCAGUUAUACAACCCAUCUCACGUCCCAAGUAUUUGACGCGAUGCUUCACAAGGUACAACAAUACUAGAUGAUCAUUCGAGGCUGCCAUGAUUGACAGUCCGCUAUGGAUACAUAGUACGAGCAAAGAACGGGUGCC